AUGAUGUCUGGACUAGCUAUGCGCACAUAUAGAAUUCUUAAACCAAAACGAUUACUUAAUAUUGUGGACUCAUCUUAUUUAAUUCGUUAUUUAAGAAAAAUCGCUGGAGCAUCCGUCCUAACAAUUGAAAGCAACUCGCACGAUGAAAUUACCACCACGUUUACAUUUUUUGGCUUUAUUUGUUUUGUAUUUUGGUAUUGCAUAUACUUCUAUUGUUUAUAUAAGAUUCAUGUUGAUGACCAGACUAUACUUCGAACUUUGUACGACACAAAAUUGAAGCAUUACGGCGACGGAGUUGAGAGAAUAAUGAAUACCAUGUUUAUCUCAUACGCUAUGUGGAAGGUACCUUUUGACUUGAGCGGUAGUGCAAACGAUAUGCAAUUGAUAGUAGAUAUUGACAAGGCCAUAAAAAACUUGGUGGGAGAAAUAGACUAUUCGAGACAUUUGCACUUAGUGGUGGUCAUUUGUUUAGCACACUUUAUCGUCAGUGGAACUAGGGUUUUCAGCAUUUGGGUGUCGCUUCUUAAUUUAGGAAGAAGUAUGCCAAUGGAGAAAGUAUUUCAAAUGGUUUUCACCGACUCCAUUGCCUUUAUAAUAGUAACACAAUAUUGCACUUACUUGGUCAUAUUGCGCAGAAGAUAUAAACAAUUGAAUAACGUUCUAAAUUCUAUAAAUUCAUCAGAGUUUUUUGUACAAUUUAUUCGACCCAGAACAAUAGAUAAAACAUUGUUAGUACAAGAAAAACAAGUUUGUAAGAAGAUUAAGGCCUGUGGAAAGAUUUAUAGUAUGUUAUAUAAAGCUACGGAAACAGCUAAUGAAAAGUAUGGCUUGGUCCUUCUUUUGACUAUGCUGAUGACGUUGUUACAGCUAGUUUUGUAUUUGUAUUACUUCAUGGAGGCUACUGCAUCAGGCUUAUUUCGAGAUCUUCAAAAUUACAUCGAUUUCUUAAUUUAUAUCGCGUGGCAAAUAAGUUUUGCUUUAACCAUUAUAUACGUUUGCAUUUAUUUUAGUGAAGCUACUGUCAAAGAAGCUCGAACUACUGCACACGUAACACAUGAAAUUAUAAACAGUGAUGCAAGUCCUACACUUAUAACGGAGGCUGUUAACUUAUCUCUACAAACUCUUCAACAAACGCCAACAUUUACGGCUCACGGUUUAUUUAAACUGGACCACGUGAUACUUCUAGAAGGGGCACGUUCCGUGACGACAUAUCUAGUGAUUUUACUUCAGUUUGUUACAGAUAAACGUUAG